AUGGCUUGUUGUGUUGCAGUUCUAAUAAAAGAAAAUUUAAUCUAUCUUCGUCGAUCAACAGAAGAAUUAAAAUUUCUUUUUCUUAUUCAUGCAUCAAUUGAUAUACUUGAUGAUAAAGUUAAUCAAUUAACUAAACCAGGUGGUGAUCGAGAUACAAAAGAUUUCUAUCUUGGUCUUCUCUAUCCAGUCGAAGAAUACAAAAUUUAUGGAUAUGUAUCACCAACACGUGUUAAAUUUAUUUUAAUUUUUGAACAUUCUACUUCAUCAUCACUGAAGGAUUCGGAUAUCAAAUUACUAUUUCAACGUUUGCAUCAAGCAUACAUCGAUUGUGUUUCAAAUCCAUUUUAUGAACCAAAUACACAAUUGAAAUCGAAACGUUUCGAACAAGUUGUCACAAGUUUAAUGGUUCAACAGGAUUCUAUGACAUCUUCAAUGACAUUAUCUACACCAACAGUUGCAAUUAAUACAACAACAACAUAA